CUGGAACACGACAAAGGGACAGAGAGCGAGCAAACGAACGAAAGAGAGAGAAUUAGAGAGAGAUUGAAGUGGGCGAUUUUUUGAUCUACUCCAUAACCAGCUCGAUCUGUUCCUCCGAAGUUUGAAUUUAUAGGUGAUCGAACCUAAUUUACGUUACAAUCUCGAGAUGGGUUUUAUGGUGACAACGCUUAUCUUUGUGGUGAUUGGAAUCAUUGCGUCUCUUUGUACCAGAAUUUGCUGCAACAGAGGACCCUCUGCCAAUUUGUUCCAUCUAACAUUGGUUGUUACAGCAACAGUAUGCUGUUGGAUGAUGUGGGCGAUUGUAUACCUUGCCCAGAUGAAACCACUCAUAGUCCCUAUUCUGAGUGAAGGUGAAUGAAAUCCGUUGUGGAGAAGUGUAGUAUUGAAAUUCUUUACGGAGAAGCAUAGUAUAUUGUUGGUAAUCCAGAGGUAUCUGUUGUGGAGGCCCCGGGAAUAUAUCUGUUUUUUAGGUCUGAUGGAUCAUUUUGUAUUUCUUCAUGUUGGAUCUGUGUAGCUCAUAUUGGAGUGCAUGAAAUUUCAGUUGGAGUUAUAUUGGUGUUUGAUACUAUUUGUCCUUGAAUUGUAAACAUUUUUCUCUCAUCCAUUUCCGAAACUAUUGGCAAGCCUUCAGCUCGACUUGUAAUUUGAAUGAAAUAAUUCUUUAGAAACA